UGCAAAUCACUUCUACUUUAGCAAGGAAAAACAGAAUCUCCAUCCACCGGGGUCCACCCCUUCCACUCUUUCUCUCUUCCUCUCUCCCUCUCCCCUCUCUCCCUCUUUUCCUUUCUCUCUCUCUCUCUCUCCCUUUCUUUCUCUCUCCCUCUCUGGUGUCUCUGUCUAGCAACCGGCGUCCGACUCAUCUCCACGCUCUGAAAGGAGAGAAAGAUCUUUGGUUGGGGGAGAAAAAAAAAGAAAAGAGAGAAAAAACUUGCCUGUUGUCUGUGGAAAAUGACACUUGAUGUAGCAGAGCUCGCAGCAGCGCCAGUUCAGCCUAUUGUUUCUUAAACUGCCAUCAGAGCUUUUUUUUUUUUUUGCCGGCUUCUUCAACUGAAGGGUAUCUUCAUACAAAAGGAAACUCCAACCCCUCAAGUGCUCCUCCGUCUUGUGUGAUCACUACAAAAAAAGAUCCAAACCAAAACAAAAAACAAACAGCCCCCCACAACAACCAAGCAUACAUCUCUCUCUCUGAUUUUUUUUUUGGUCUUUUGCUUUUUCGUUGGAUUUUUUUUUUUGUUAGUGCUGUUGCUAUAUUUCUCUAGAUAUUUAAUUUUCUUUCAACCCGCCUUGAUUCAGGGCAAGUUCAUCUUCUCAAAAAAAAAAUCUAGCUGGCGAUUUUUUAUUUUUAUUUUUUUGUAACGGGGGAGGAGAUUUUCAAAAAGAAAAAAAGGUUGUUUUCAUGUUUGGGAUUCAGGAAAGCAUCCAAAGGAGUGGGAGCAGCAUGAAGGAAGAGCCUCUAGGCAGUGGGAUGAAUGCGGUGCGGACGUGGAUGCAGGGAGCUGGCGUCCUGGAUGCGAACACGGCGGCUCAGAGUGGGGUGGGGCUGGCCCGGGCUCACUUUGAGAAGCAGCCGCCUUCCAACCUGAGAAAGUCCAACUUCUUCCACUUUGUCCUGGCCCUCUAUGACAGACAGGGGCAGCCCGUGGAGAUCGAGAGAACCGCCUUUGUGGGGUUCGUGGAGAAGGAAAAAGAGGCCAACAGUGAAAAGACGAAUAAUGGGAUCCAUUACCGCCUUCAGCUUCUCUACAGCAACGGGAUCAGGACAGAGCAAGACUUUUACGUGCGCCUCAUCGACUCCAUGACCAAACAAGCCAUAGUGUAUGAAGGUCAAGACAAGAAUCCAGAAAUGUGCAGAGUUUUGCUCACACAUGAAAUAAUGUGCAGCCGCUGUUGUGACAAGAAAAGCUGUGGCAACCGAAAUGAGACUCCCUCAGAUCCAGUGAUAAUUGACAGGUUCUUCUUGAAAUUUUUCCUCAAAUGUAACCAGAAUUGCCUAAAAAAUGCAGGAAAUCCUCGUGACAUGCGGAGAUUCCAGGUUGUGGUGUCUACGACAGUCAAUGUGGAUGGCCAUGUCCUGGCGGUCUCAGAUAAUAUGUUUGUUCACAAUAACUCCAAGCACGGGCGGAGGGCUCGUAGGCUCGACCCCUCUGAAGGUACGCCUUCUUAUCUGGAACAUGCAGCUACACCAUGUAUCAAAGCCAUCAGUCCAAGUGAAGGAUGGACUACGGGAGGUGCCACAGUGAUCAUCAUAGGAGACAAUUUCUUUGAUGGGUUACAGGUCAUAUUCGGUACCAUGCUGGUCUGGAGUGAGCUGAUCACUCCUCAUGCCAUCCGAGUCCAGACCCCUCCCAGGCACAUCCCCGGUGUAGUAGAAGUCACAUUGUCCUACAAAUCCAAACAGUUCUGCAAAGGCACCCCUGGACGGUUCAUUUACACAGCUUUGAAUGAACCCACCAUUGACUAUGGUUUCCAAAGGUUACAGAAGGUCAUUCCCAGGCACCCUGGUGACCCCGAGCGCUUGCCAAAGGAAGUGAUACUUAAAAGAGCUGCUGACUUGGUGGAAGCACUGUAUGGUAUGCCACAUAAUAAUCAGGAAAUAAUCCUGAAGAGAGCAGCAGACAUUGCAGAGGCACUGUACAGCGUUCCUCGUAAUCACAACCAGCUCCCUGCACUUGCUAACACUUCUGUCCAUGCAGGAAUGAUGGGAGUUAAUUCAUUUAGUGGGCAACUGGCAGUGAAUGUCUCAGAAGCCUCACAGGCCACCAAUCAGGGUUUUACGCGCAACUCAAGCAGUGUAUCACCUCAUGGGUACGUGCCAAGCACCACCCCACAACAGACCAACUACAAUUCCGUCACAACAAGCAUGAAUGGAUAUGGGAAUGCUGGAAUGUCAAAUUUAGGCGGUUCUCCAACCUUCCUAAAUGGAUCUGCUGCCAAUUCCCCCUAUGCCAUUGUGCCAUCAAGUCCAACCAUGGCCUCCUCCACAAGCCUCCCCUCGAACUGCAGCAGUUCCUCGGGGAUCUUCUCCUUCUCACCAGCCAACAUGGUCUCAGCAGUGAAACAGAAGAGUGCAUUUGCUCCUGUAGUGAGACCACAGACUUCUCCUCCUCCUACCUGCACCAGCACCAAUGGCAACAGCCUGCAAGCGAUAUCUGGCAUGAUUGUUCCUCCCAUGUGAAAGAAUUGCCUUGAAGAAUUUUAUUAAUGAAGAGGUUGGAUUCUGCUACAGAGAGAAAUCUGAUACAAGUCCCAGAGUGGAACUUUUAACUCAGGCCUUUUUAAGAGGAAUCACAAUAACUGCGGAUUUUUAAACAAGCAAAAUCACCGACCUUGCAAAUACUGAAAUUGGAAGGCAUCUGCUAGUGCAGGGUGUUGGUUCAAGUUGUACAUCCCAAGUAUUUGGGAGCUAUAUUUAUUCUGUUGAUAAAGAAAAAUCCACUUUUUCUUUUUUUUAAGCUUGAUUUAACUCAACAAUCAUUUGUCUUUUCUAAAUCGUAAAGCUAUAUACAAGGGACACUAUAAAUAAAGCUCCAUGUUUUAAUUUAUGAUGUUUUUAAAGCUGUGUAACGGGAGAAUGAAGUGGCGACAUUUACAAAGGGUUUGGGGGGUUUUUUUAGAAAAAAAAAAGCUUGUAUGGGACAGAUUAGAAAAGCCAGUUAGGUUUUUUUUUUCUAGAUGAUAAGGGUCGGCUCUUAUGCCUUACGCAUAUCCAAUGGUGAUUUGCUCGUGCAGUGCAUUUUCAUUCUAACUUCACAUGCCACCCCUUAGGAGUACAAGCUUAUUUGGGGGAGGAAAUGUAGGAGAUCUUUCUUUGGUAAUGUUGUCUUAAUUAAGUAACCGUGUAAAUAACGCAGCCUGAAAAGUGAAGUGAUGUAAAUGAUCACAUUUUCCCUUCCACUCCCAACCCAGUGCCUCUGGAUAGACUGCUGGAACUGUAGAAUUCAACCUGGCAAAGUUUCGUUUUUGCUUAAUCUUCUCCCGUCGGUGGCCUCACUAGAGUUCAGUGUCACUGCACCCUGCAUGCAAAUCUCCUUGAGAUUCAUGGAUCAUGGUCAAGGCACAGAACUCUAGGCUCAACAUUUUCCAUUUAGGCCCAAACCAGUCUCCCUCUUCCAUUUUCUCACAGGUGAGACUUGCCCAAACUCAAUUUGGAACCCACCACAUUGCCUAGCUUCAGUAACUGGCCCAGAAGCAAAGUAGGUAUUUUGUCUGUGGCCGAGGACGGUGGUUCCCGGGUUAACCAACCCUCCGGCUGGUAUCAUAAAUAGGUUAAGCAACAGGAUAAAUGCUUCCACGAAAUAGCAAAUGGACAAAAAAGAAACUCAGAAAAAGAAACGAAGGUUGACACCUCCAUAUCAAAACCCUAUGGCUUCUGUUCUACAGGAAUUUUGCUAUCUGGGAAGUGUUCUUAAAAUUAAAAGUCAAAGAUGCAGCAAAGCUCUGAGGAUGCAGUACCUGAUAUUUUUCUUUGCUGUUGUGUUUUGUAUGUAGUUAUAAAUACUGUAGAUUUUUUGUGAUUUUUUGCCAAAGUUGUUGUUCUAUUUAUACAUUUUAAUGUCUUAAGACCGUUUUUUCAAUAUCACAAAAGAUUUUACUGCAUAUUUUGCAAAAAGAGCUCACUACCUUUAGCUUGCACAUACUUGCAAAAUUAAUUAAAAAAGCUUUUUGUUUUAAAGGGGAUUUUGUAAAAUAUCCAUAUAAAUAAUGUAUUUAUCUUUGGAAUUUGUACAUUGCUUUUUCCCUCUGCCCCCAUUUAUUUUAUUGUGUAUGUUGGCUAUGUGAAAAGUGCUGAUUUGUUUGGUCACCUACGGUUGUACUAGCUGUUUAAAUGUGAUUUUAAAACAUUUCAUUUAUAGUUCUUUUUAGUAUUGUUUUAAACCAUGCUUCCAUUUUUUUAUUUCCACCCAAAAGCCAUUGUCUAUUUUUGUAUUAUUUGUAAGUUAAGAAGUUUUUUCCAAUAUAUGGCAAAAAAGUAGCAUAUUAUUCUUGUAGCAUUUAGUUCUGUAGAUUUAAACAAAAAUGUAUCCUUUGCUUUUGAGGCUUACAAAAACUAAUGCUGUUUUACUCUAUUAAUAUGCAUGGAAUCUCUCCCCUUUGGAGUGACGCAUUUUGUGCAUUAAAUUUGGGGAGAAACUUCAUAGAAAUCAAUGAAAAUACUUUCUUUAAGUCUGCUUGUAUAUUUCCUGUCUUUCACAUAAAUAUAAACCAGCAGAUUGGAUGCCUUAACAAUGCAAAUCAUAUUCAUUUCACUUGUACAUUGUACUGUGCACCAGGACUGUCAAUCAUCACUAACAUUCUAAGAAAAAAAAAGGAAUUGAAAAGCACAAAAGAACUGUUUUGUUACCUUAAGACAAUGUAACUUUUUCUAGUCAAGCAAGAAAUCAUUUACAACAAUGCUGCAACUGUGCAUGUUCCCUCUAUGGAUUUUGCAAUGGUUUUCACUAGACUGUCACAGUGCGAUUUUUAUGGGGGUGGGGAGGGAGGGGAAGGACGUCAAUUUUUUUUUUUUUUUGCGGUGACCAAUAAAGAGAACUGGAAAAUGUUUGUGACAUCAAAGUACCGCUUCUCUGUACUCUGAAAGAUUGUCCUAAUUCACACGAUAAGCCAGAAGAUGUGUACGAUUUAAAGCCAUAUUUUGUCCAGUGAAACCCCGAGCUGUUCAGGAACUAGCACUCGGUCUAUGAUUUAGCCAGUUUGGACACCAACAACAGACUGCGCCCAUCUGUCAGCCAUGUGCAGUGGUUAGACCUUUUCUUCAAAGUCCAAAGAGCCUUUAAAAUGUGUAUAAUUUGUGUUUUGUUGCAGCUAUUUAUAAAGGGAGCCCCUGCCCCUUACUACCCAUCCCCCUCAACCCAACCCAGGAAGCUUCUUUUACAACAGAAAAGAUGCCCAUUCUUACAGAAUAUGGCUUUAAGUGGGAAAAGCAAAAACAAAAGCAAAAAAAAAACAGAUUUGAGUUUUUAAAAGGUGAAGCUUCUCAAUGACUGGAUUGCAUAAAUGAUGCCUAUGUCCUCCCAGUUGUAUUAGGAUGCAGCUAAAAGGAAGUCAUCUCUGUAACUACUUAACCUUUCACCUUCUUAUCUAAACCUUUUUGAAUAGACACACACUGUACAGUUCUAUUGUUAGAGAAACUACUGUAGAGAUUGUUAUAAUUUUUUUGCAGAAAUUCAAGCUGUAAAAACUUUUCAACUUUCACAAUAUUUAAUUAAAGUUACUUCCUGUCUGUGACUACA